CUGUUUGUCCUCCUUCAGGCAAAAGGAGGAGGAGGAGGUGCUGCUGCUUCCCCCGACACACACACACACGCACACACACACACACACACACUGAUAAUUACACAGGCUAUGACGUACAACGGGUCCCUCCACCCUUGCUGCCAUUUUCCAACUCCUAAUCUGUGACAACGGGGCACCUUCGCUGCUCGUCCUCCAUGUCCGUGCACGGCAGCGAUGUGACUCCUGCAGCGCCAUCACCGCGUAGCCGCCCUAGCUGGCUCUGACAACGUUGCCGUGGUAACCUCCUCACAUCCUCCGCCUCGUCCACUCUGCUCUCCUCUUCCCGAGCACGCACGCACGCACACACACCCACGCCGCACGAAACGACACAAGCGGUAUUCCCGCCGCGCCCCUUCUUGCCGUGCCUGAUGAAUAAUCCAUGUGGAGGCAAUUGAGCGGGGAAUGCCGGCCAGGAAGGAACGCCAUGUGGCCAUCUUUUUAGGUGUCUAUCGCUUCAUAAUGGACUCCUGUCCUGGAUCCCGCACUUGGACGCCACCGACACAUUUGGACAGUGAUCCUUGGGACUUUUUUGGGUUGAGCGCCAUCACGAACAAGACGUGAGGAACGGCGAGGCGGAGGACAGCGUUCUUUACGAGAAAACACAGCGUGACUCCUUCCAGCUCAUCCCUCUGGAGGACUUUAGAAGCUUUCUACCCCCUAGCCAUGUUCUGCUUCUGCUUCCAGAGCCCCUCCCUCAAGCUGCAAGCCCUGGAGGCUGAUUUUAGCCCCCCCGACUUGGAGCAGGAAGACCCCCGAGAUCUGAAGAACCUGCCGGCCAACCAGCAGCCUCUUUUGAGCAGGCAGCCGAGCCCGCGUUUGGACCACAAGCCGCUCUUCCAUUCGCCUCCCUCAACGCCAGCUCAGGACACCGUUGCAGACUCAUCGCAGCACGUUGCUCCCGCAUCCCGAGAUUCUUUCUAUACACUCGGCGGCUCUCCUGAGGUACCUGCCGACCCCCCGGCUAGCUCCCCGGGCAGCCCCCCCCUGCUGUCGGCUUUCAGCACCGGCGAGUGCCCGGUCCCGUCUCCUCGCUGCCCCAACCUGAGCCUUCGCUACAACCUGGACCCCGACGCCGCCCCGUCGCCGCCGUGCUCGCAGCACAUCCGCAUGGCGCGCUGCAGCAUCCGCUCGGAACCAGACGAUUGCUCCCUGUCUGUGUCCGUGUUGAAAAGACACGUUCAGACCUUGAGGAAGAGGAUCAGGCAGCUGGAGGAGCAUUUUGAGCAGGAGAGGCUCAAGGUGAACGCCAAAGUCGAAACGCCUUCUCAUUAUGACAAGAGCGCACAUCCCGAGGUUGCCAGACUGAUUAAGGAGCUACUGAAGAGCCGCAAGCAGCUAAAAGAGCUCAAGCUGUGUCAUGCGGACGAAGACGUCCUGAAAGCACCUUUCACCCCGAGCGAGGCAGACUUUCAGCAAGCCAACAACAAGAGCAACAACGGCAAGCCCAGCGUGGAGGAGACGCUCCACGUCAUCAGCAUGAUGCUGAUGGAGAGUCGGCGAGAGCUCAGCCUUCCAGACAGCAUCAAGGAGAUGAACCCUUCCCAGAUGAGCUUGGAGAAGUCCAGUCUGCAAAAGUGUUUGCUCUACUUUGAGAGUCUGCAUGGAUGCCCGAGUAACGCGAGCGAGCGGUCGCUGGUCAAACCUUUUUACGAGCGCUACCGCAUCCUCAAACAGAUGCUGCUUUCCUCCGCCACCCCCACACUCAUCACCACCAUUGAGGAAGAGGACGGCUCAGAUGACGACCACCCCAAAGAGCAAAACCUGAGACAGCAGCACAUGUCGCCUGGGGAGCCUCCCCCUCCCACCUUGGAAAUGUCCGACACGCCGCUGGUGUCGCCUCUGGACGAAGUCAAGUGUCUCCAGCCGCAGAUCGUCACCAUGGCAACACUCCAUGAGGCUUCCAGAUCGGAAUUACUGGACCAUCUUCGGAUCACCCGCUUGGAAAAACGGAGGCUUCACCGUGCACUGCGGGAGUUUGAGGACCUUUUCUACACCUUGAGUGGCAGGGUGUGUCAAAAGGAGGACCGUGGGCCCAUGGCCGAGGAGUACUGCCAGUACAAGAACCUCAAAGCCAAACUGCGCCUGCUCGAGGCCCUGCUCAGCAAAAAUCAGGACACGCCCAAGAGCAACUGAGCUGACGACGACGACGACGAUGCACUUUACUGGAGGACAGCGGUGAACGUGAUGUUGUUGUACACUGGGAGUUGUGUAAAUCUUGGUGUAGGUGUAUUAUGGCACUUACUGUUUUUUGUCUGUCAUUAUUGUGGAAUAUGCAUUUUUUUAAAUUAUAUUGGGAAAGAAAGGCAUUUGUAUGAAUGGGUGGUAAACAGAAAAACUAAACUGCACAAUUAUGAGGGAAAGUCACAAAGCUAUGACAACAGUCUUUUUUUCAAGAAAACAUUGUAGUAGUUUAAGAAUUAUCAUUCAGAGAACUAACAUUUUGUAAUUUCUAAAAAAAAAUUACAAAUGUGUUUAAAUACAACUUUUUUGUGAUUGACUUUUGUUAGAGAUAUUUUUUUUCCUUUGAAGUUAAGGAAAUGAAGUUUUCAUGACUUUAGUUUUGUGAAUAACAUUUUUCGUGUAAUAUAUACAUAUACAUUAUAUUUCUCUGGGGGAAAAUAGUUUUGCUGAUACAUUUUUGUUACACUUUCAUUGUAAUAGUGCUAAUUUAAAAAUGAAAACCAUUUUCUUGACUUUGCGUUUUCGGAACU